UUAAUAAUAAAAGGAGCUGACAAGUGAACGAUAAAUUAAGAAAUUCGUCCGACAAGAGCAAGAGGUAUAGAGAAGAUCGUGUUCCUGUUGGAUUGCUGGACUUGACAAAGUUGAAGAAGAGUUAAGCUUUCAGUUUUCUUAAUUUCACCCUUCACUCGUCAUACAGGUAGUAGUUAAGUGUAAGGAUACAAUUUAAUACGUUGACAACACACGCCUCUCAAAAUGACCGAAGAAAAGGAUUUGAUCAAAAAACGUGGCAGUUAUAAGGGUCGGCUAACUAACUUCUCAAACUACAUGAAUUCUUUGGAAAGUACUUCACUUACCUCUGUGGCCGCCAAUGAGUUGCAGUUAAGAGUCAGUAGAAUGGAAUCAUUAUUUAGUGAGUACGACGAAGUGCAGUUAAAGUUAGAAUGCUUGUCGUCUAGCAUUGACCUUCAGUUAUCUGAGCGAGCUGAGUUCGAAGCCCAGUACUUCAGUGCAAUUGCUAAAGCACAGGAUAUUUUACAUUCAUUUAAUAAAAAGCAAGAAGACCUGGGUAGCGAACGUGCAAGUAAUUCUAGUACUAGCAAUCAUAGGCUUGUUAAACUUCCCGUCAUACAGUUGCCAAAGUUCUCAGGUUCAUAUGAGAAUUGGCUCGAGUUUCACGACACAUUCCUAAGCUUAAUUCAUUCAAAUGACGAAAUCGAUGAAAUAAAUAAGUUUCACUAUUUAAGAUCGUCACUAGAAGGUUCAGCGGCAGUAGUUGUUAAAUCGGUCGAAUUCUGUUCUAAAAAUUAUCAAACUGCAUGGAAACUUCUGUGUGAUCGUUUCGAUAACAAACGUUUAUUGCUGCAGAAUCACGUUUCAGCAAUAUUUAACAUCGAAACAAUCACCAAGGAGUCUUCAUUUGCGUUAAAACGUAUGAUCGACCAAUUGAACAAAAACUUGCUCGCAUUGGAAACACUAGGCGAACCCGUAAAACAAUGGGAUACGUUACUUAUUUACAUUGUGUCACAUAAGUUAGAUGCUAAGUCGUACCGGGAAUGGGAAGAGUACAAAGGUCGCUUAGAUAAAGAUAAGCCAAUAACUCUCGAAGCGUUUCUAACAUUCAUGCGAAAUCGUUCUGAUUUAUUGGAAACGUUGGAACUGUCCACUAAUAACACUGUCGGUCGAAAUAACACUUCUCACAAAAACACUCCGAAGUUGAAAACUUUGUCCGUACAGGACACUAAACAAAACACUGUGGCUAAGUGCCCUAAAUGCAGCGGUGAACAUUAUUUACCUAGUUGUUUACAGUUUCUCGCCGUUAGUAACGCCGCGCGAUUGAAAUUAUUACCGAAUUUAAAGGUUUGUUACAACUGUUUACGCGGUGGACAUUAUGCUAAUCAUUGCAAAAAGCCAGGAUGCAAGCUAUGUAAGCGAAAGCAUAACACAUUAGUGCAUGUUACCGAUAGCAAACCUACAUCGAGCGGAGCCUGCGCGUCCGGCCGCGGCGAGGAGGAAAAUGCAACUAAAAAUAAUAAAUCGAUUUUUCCUGUUAAUCAAUCGUUACCUGCCGCGCCCGUUGCAUCUCAUUCUGGUUUAGGGAAUAUUUCGCAUGAUGUCUCGCCCGCCUCGGUACAAACACUAUCGGCUCAAAUUAUGUCUAACUCGCCACCAGCGAAACAUGGCAUGCUUGCGACUGCGCUAGUCAAGGUUUACGAUGGUAAUAAUAAAGAGCAGGUAGCUCGCGUCAUGUUGGACAACGGUAGUUUUGCUUGCUUAAUAUCUCAGAGUUUUUGUGAGAAAUUAAAUUUACCUACAAGUCAAAUUAACACUACAAUUUUAGGUGUAAAUAAACAACCUAGUGAAAUAGGAGAAAUGUGUCUUGUUCCUAUUAAAUCUUUAAACGACACAUAUUCAGUAACAGUUAACUGUUAUGUUCUGCCAUCCUUAACUGAUGACGUCCCCUGUCGUCAAAUUAAUCUGGCAGACCUUAAUAUCCCAAGCGACAUUUGUUUGGCUGAUCCAAACUUCUAUGAACCCGCACCUGUCGAUAUUAUAUUAGGCGCUGAGGUGUUUUGGGACUCAUUUCCUACACGACCUCAGAUCAUUCGACUAGGUAUUGGACUUCCGAUGCUCUGUGAAACUCGCUUUGGCUAUUUGGUUGCUGGUCGGGAAAUUACCGACAGUCUACCUUCCAGCAUUCAGUGUUUCUUUGCUUCUGGUCUUUCGCACACAGGUGUUAAUGAUUUAAAAUGUAACGACGACAUCCAAACCCAAUUAACGCGGUUUUGGCAGCUCGAAGAAGUUAGCCAUAAGUCGUCACAUUAUUCACCUGAGGAAAAAAUGUGCGAAGAACACUUCGUUGAAAAUACUUCGCGGCUAGCCGACGGACGAUUCUGCGUCAGGCUGCCUUUAAAACAAAGCGAAAGUGUCCUAGGCGACUCAUUUCAACGCGCAAAACACUGCAUGCUCUCAUUGGAGCGUAGAAUUAAAACCAAGCCUUCAUUUAAAGCUUUAUAUCAUGAGUUCAUGGCAGAGUACGAAAGCUUGGGUCACAUGUCACAAGGUAGACAGAUCGCACAUGAGGGGUUACAUAAUACCUCAUUUCGGAAUUUUGCGCGAAAGCACCACUACAAAGCUUCGAGUGGUGUACAAUGCUAG